ACCUAAGGAAGCAGGCCCGGCAACUGGAAAACGAACUGGACCUCAAACUGGUCUCCUUUAGUAAAUUGUGCACCAGCUACAGCCACGGCAGUUCUCAGGAUGGAAGGCGCGACAGGUAUAGCUCGGACACAACGCCUCUCCUGAACGGAUCGAGCCAAGACCGGAUGUUCGAAGCCAUGGCCGUGGAAAUUGAGCAGCUCUUAGGGAAGCUGACCGGGGUCAACGACAAAAUGGCGGAGUACACCAACAGCGCCGGCGUCCCCUCCCUCAACGCGGCUCUGAUGCACACCCUGCAACGGCACAGAGACAUCUUACAGGAUUACACCCACGAAUUCCACAAAACCAAAACCAACUUCGUGGCAGUGCGGGAAAGAGAGAAUCUUAUGGGAUCGGUCCGGAAAGAUAUUGAGUCGUACAAAAGUGGGUGCGGUGUCAACAACAGACGGACAGAGCUUUUCUUGAAGGAGAACGAACAUCUCCGAAACUCCGACCGGCUGAUCGAAGAGACGAUAAGCAUCGCCAUGGCCACGAAAGAAAACAUGACUUCGCAGCGAGGAAUGAUGAAAUCCAUACAGAGCAAGAUGAACACCUUGGCCAACCGUUUCCCAGCGGUGAACAGCCUCAUCCAGCGGAUCAACCUACGCAAGCGACGGGACACCCUCAUCCUGGGGGGCGUGAUCGGCGUCUGCACCAUUCUGCUGCUGCUGUAUGCUUUCCAUUGAUGGAGGACGCCGUGCACGGAGAGACUUCUGGGACCAUGAUCUGCCCCUGCGAAGGGGCGGGCAGACUGCGGCGGGACCCCCCCUCCCUUCAAUCUGGGGACGUGGAGACCCAAGUGACCGUGGCAGGUGGACUCUCUCUUUCC